AUGGCAUUGGAGAUGGAGAUCAAAGAUUUAAUAGUGUUCAGUGAUUCCAAUCUGCUCGUGCAUCAAACGCUCAAAGAAUGGAUAACUCAAAAUUCAAAGAUUUUGCCAUGUCAUUGCAAUUUACUGGAUUUGACAAACAAAUUCAGAAGUUUGGAGUUCAAGCAUAUUCCACGUGCUCGAAAUAUUUUUGCUGAUGCUUUGGCCACUUUAUCUUCAAUGAUUCAACAUCUAGAUGAGUUGUACAGCGAUAUUAAGGAAUUUCUCAAAAUCGGGUCCUAUCCUCCAGGCGCUGAUACUACUGCUAAAAGCUUUUUGCGCAAAUUAUCAUCCAAGAUUUUCUUAAAUGGAGAGGUGAUAUACAAAAGGAUGUCAGACUUAGGCCUUCUAAGAUGCGUUGAUGAAGAUGAAGCAGAUUAUUUGAUGAAAGAAGUGCAUAGUGGUAUAUCUCGAUCACAUAUGAAUGGACAUUUAUUAGCAAAGAAGAUUAUGAGGGCAUGA